UUCUGUUGGAGUAAGAAAAACGCGAUUAUACAUAUCUUCAUUUCAAAAAUCAAAAUUCUCCACGCAACACAAAGCACAAAAAGUGUGACUGAGUCACACCGAGUUAGAGUCUCCAUUCAAAUCCGUUACAUUUCUAAACCCUAACUAGGGUUCUUCUAUUUCCAUCAUCACCGAUCCAAUCAUGGCAGACGAAACCGUCACAUCUCCUCCUCCUCCACCUUCCUCCGCUCCUCCUGUUCCUCUUGGUUCCGGCGUGAUCUCUUUGGUUAACCGUCUUCAAGACAUUUUCUCUCGCGUCGGAAGCCAAACUGCUAUUAAUCUACCACAAGUGGCGGUUGUUGGUAGUCAGAGUAGUGGUAAGUCUAGCGUACUUGAAGCUCUCGUCGGCCGUGACUUUCUCCCCCGUGGUAACGAAAUCUGUACUCGCCGACCACUAGUUCUUCAGCUUGUUCGGAGUUCGGAACAGGCCGAUGAAUUCGGCGAGUUUCUUCAUUUGGCUGGCAAGAGAUUUUAUGAUUUUUCUGAUAUUCGUAGGGAAAUUCAGGCUGAAACUGAUAGGGAAGCGGGAGACAAUAAGGGUGUCUCAGACAGGCAGAUUCGUUUGAAGAUUGUUUCACCUAAUGUUCUGGACAUGACACUUGUAGAUCUCCCAGGAAUUACAAAGGUUCCUGUUGGUGACCAGCCUUCUGAUAUUGAAGCCCGGAUCAGAACAAUGAUCAUGUCAUAUAUAAAAGAGCCGUCCUGUCUUAUUCUAGCUGUCACACCGGCAAAUUCAGAUUUGGCUAAUUCAGAUGCUCUUCAGAUGGCAGGGGUGGCUGAUCCUGAUGGUAAUAGAACGAUCGGUGUAAUCACAAAGUUGGAUAUCAUGGACAGAGGUACUGAUGCCCGGAAUCUAUUACUAGGAAAAGUUAUUCCCCUCCGACUUGGCUAUGUUGGCGUUGUAAAUCGUAGUCAGGAGGAUAUUCAAAUGAACAGGAGUAUAAAGGAUGCUCUUGUUGCCGAAGAGAAAUUUUUCCGCAGUCGUCCUGUAUACAGCGGUCUAGCAGAUAGUUGUGGCAUACCUCAACUAGCAAAGAAGUUAAACCAGAUUCUAGCACAGCAUAUCAAAGCUUUGCUACCUGGGCUGAGAGCACAUAUAAGCACUAAUUUAGUUACUGUUGCAAAGGAGCAUCAAAGCUAUGGAGAAAUCACUGAGUCCAAGGCUGGUCAGGGUGUUCUUCUCCUGAAUAUUCUUUCAAAAUAUUGUGAAGGUAUCUAUCCCUACAUUCUGGUUUCAUUUCUCUUACCCAGCUUUUCCAUUUGUGAACUCAUUUUUAUUUUCUUUUCCCUACAAUCUGGUACCUUUCCUAAUUCAGUAACUGCUAUCUCUAUUUUCUUUCUGAAAACAGCAUUCUCCUCCCUGGUUGAGGGAAAGAAUAAGGAGAUGUCUACAUCCGAGUUAUCUGGUGGGGCACGAAUUCAUUAUAUUUUUCAAUCCAUCUUUGUCAGGAGUUUAGAGGAGGUAGAUCCAUGUGAAGGCUUGACUGAUGACGAUAUUCGGACUGCCAUACAAAAUGCAACUGGGCCAAGAUCAGCAUUGUUUAUACCAGAAGUACCAUUUGAAGUCCUUGUGCGAAGGCAAAUAUCUCGCCUAUUGGAUCCAAGUCUUCAGUGUGCCAGGUUUAUACAUGAUGAAUUAAUAAAGAUGAGCCGUUAUUGUAUGAAACUGGUGACUGAACUGCAGCGGUUCCCUCUCUUACGAAAGCGCAUGGAUGAAGUUAUAGGAAUCUUUUUACUGGAAGGCCUUAAACCAUCAACAAACGUGAUUGGUCACAUCAUAGAUAUGGAGAUGGACUACAUAAAUACUUCACACCCAAAUUUUAUUGGUGGAAGUAAGGCAUUAGAUAUUGCAAUGCAACAGUCAAGAUCUUCUAGGGCUGCCUUGUCAGUUUCUAGGCCAAAGGAUGUUCUGGAAUCUGAUAAGGGAUCUGCCUCCGAAAGAAGUGUGAAGUCUCGGGCUAUUCUUGGAAGACAAGCUAAUGGAGUAGUUGCUGAUCCGGGUGUCCGCGCUGUAUCAGACGCUGAAAAAGUUGCAGCUUCUGGAAACACUGGUGGAUCAAGUUGGGGUAUCUCUUCCAUUUUUGGUGGAGGUGAUAAGUCUGCGAAGGAGAAUGUAGCUAGUAAACAAUAUGCUGAACCAUUUCAUAGCGUGGAUUCUGUGGAGCAAUCAUUCUCUAUGAUCCAUUUGACAGAGCCACCUCCUAUCUUGAGGCCAUCUGAUUGUAAUUCAGACUCAGAGACGGAAGCUGUUGAAAUUAUGGUAACAAAGCUGCUUUUAAAAUCAUACUAUGACAUCGUCAGGAAGAACAUUGAGGAUAUUGUCCCCAAAACAAUUAUGCACUUCUUGGUAAACAACACCAAGAGAGGGCUACACAACAAUGUAAUCAAAAAGCUAUAUAGAGAUAACCUGCUUGAAGAAAUGUUCCAAGAACCUGAUGAGAUUGCCUUGAAAAGAAAGCGUUGUAUAGAACUUCUCGAAGCUUAUCGGCAAGCAUCUAAGGAUUUGGAGGAGCUGCCAAUGGAAGCUGAAACACUUGAAAGAGGAUACAAUUUACCUGAAAGAAGUGGUCUGCCUAAAAUUCAUGGACUACCAACAUUGUCGAUGUAUUCAACAAGCAGUUCUGGAGAAUAUUAUGGAGCUUCUCCUAAGCACCCUAAGUCAAAAAGGUCUUCUCAUUCGGGGGAACUUCAAUCGCCAUUUUAUGCUAAUGCAAAUUCCAAUGGAAAUGGAAAACAAAGUUUUUAUCCCACGCUCGAUACAUAAGGUAUAGCUAAACAAGUUCGUUGGACCAAGUAGUUUAAUUUGAGUCAUAUUAUUCAUUUGAUUACCUUGCAAUAUUUGGGAUUUGGUGUUCUGCUUUCUGGAGUUGGAAUGCAUGAACCUACUGUUUUCUGACUAUGAUGAUCUUGAAUGUUGGUCAAGGCUUUCGUAACACAAGUUCACCUUUUAUUCUCUUAUAGUAUUGACAUGAUUUACAAAGCUCCAGAACAAAUAAUAGGAGCAGGCGGUCUUUCACAUUUUUGAGAAUCGACUUUCUGUAUAUGACCUUUUUUCUUUCGUUAUUAGUCAGGUAUUUUAUCUUAGCAUGUAUGCAGUUCCAGAGUUUGUUUGCAGUGACAUUAUUUUGCUAUAUGAAAUGUCUAAACGUGUAGAA